AUGAGGCCUUUAAGACGCACGCAGCAGCCGUCGGAUCAUGGCCAUACUGUCUCUCAGGAAACUUCCUCUUUCGGCGGAUUAGUUCCGGGAUCGGCCAGCAAAGAGAGGGAGAUUCCCCGCAAGGCUUGCUUAUCUACGAAGCUGCUCCACUGCGCCACGGCGACAGCAUCCCACCGCGCCUUCCUUGCUGAUUUAGAGACGUCUUUUAUCGCGCUGCAGCGUGCGAUUAGCCUGUCAGAAGCCGAGCGGUUGGAGCAGGAGGAGAAGGAUAGGGCUGGAGAGGGUUGGAGAGGCAACAGCACGAGGUCUGGUGCUGGUAGUGCUGGUGGCACAGAUGUGACGAGAGAGUCCCAGGAAGUGCCACGUGUCCUGAUCCAACACGUGGCGAGACUGCAGCAGCUACUAGACAGACACAGGCAGGUGCUGGCUUCUGAAGAGGCGGCAAGAUGGCAGGAAGAUGGCGAUGAGAAUCAGACGAAUUCGGAUGAAAAUGGAGUUAAUUCCGAUCAGGGAACGGAUGGAGGAGAAGGCGGAGGGGAAAAUGGAGAGGGUGGGUUGGACGAGGGGAACGAAGGGCGCCUAGGAAGGGAAAGGCGGCCACAGAGGCGGGAGGGGAUGGAGGGAGGGGAGGGGGAGAUGGCUGAGAGGUUGCUAAGAGUGUGGGGAAUUGUGGGUGGUGUGCGUGCGACCGAGGGUAAUGCAAGCAAGGAGGCAGAAUCAGGACUCGAAAAGAACCUUCUCAAACUGGGUUUCAGUGGCAGGGAAGAGGAGGGGUUUGCGGAAGGUGGGGAGGCGAGACACGAAGAUGGGGAUUCGGGGAAUGGGGGAGAUGGGAUGGGGGUGGAGAGCCCACGAUGGUCGAUAGCUGAGGUGCUGAGUGCUGCCCAACUGCCGUAUCCAUCUUAUAUUGAAGACUGCAGUGCUGCCAGUGCAAGGAACCGCCUGUUGGACUCCCGCUCCCCCAACGGCUCCCUGCCUGUGUGUUUUCAGCAAGGGGCGCGACUGCAGGACGCUGUGAUGCAGCAAUCGCUGGAGGAGGUGGUGGAAACAGAGGAAGAAGAGGACGUGCUGGGAGCGGAUGGGGCAGAUACGGCAGAGGAGAAGGCAGGGGUAGCAGAGAGGGCGAGAGACGAAGCCAAAGAAGAGACAGGGAGAGGUGGCGGAGGAGAGGAUAGGGCUGCGGAUAAGAGAGGGGCGGGUUUCGGGGCGGGGAGGUUGGGGAGGGAGCGAAGAAUUGGCGUGCAGCCGAAUGUGAUCAGGCCAUUCCCUCCAUGGGUAACACCCACGGGAGCUGGCUCGCUCUCCCCUUCCCACCCUUCCCCAUCGGUCAACCACUGCUGCAACGCUUCCUCUGGUGCUGCUCCCUUCCUCCCCGUUCCUCUAUUCCCAUUCCCAUCACAGGUUACAGGUGCGGAUGAGGACAACCUUCCUCUCACGCGCAGGGUGCAGCAUGACUUGUGGCUGCACCAGCACCCACGGGACUGCACUUACUUUGACGAAGGCGAGGAGGCAUGGGAGGAGGAAGCGGACGGAGGGGCGAGGGCCGAGGGGGAGAAACGGGAUGGGCAAGGAGGGGGGGAAGAGGAGGAGCCGGAAGGGAGUGCAGAAGGGAAAGAGGGGAAAGAGAGCGAGUUGGAAUCAGGAAAAGCCAGCGCUGCUGCUGGAAGGAGGAGGUUGGGAGGGCAGGAUACGUCUGGUGCAGCGAGUAAGGGGAGUGAGGGACUGAAGGAGAAAUCACCAGGCAGGGAAGGACGGCCAGCCGAGAAAAAGCCACGGCGGUUCUUAUUGGUGGACGGGCGGCAGAUAUACCGCCAGUACCUCGGUAUAGGCGCACAGAUCAGCUGGCUCACAGGGGCGCUAGCAGAAGCGGUUAAGGAAAACCGUAUUAUGGUGAUCACGUAUUACGAGAGGGCGGAUCACGAGGGGUGCAAGGGGGGUGAUAGGUCGCGGUGGUCGUGUUAUUUUGCUCCGGAGACGUCGAAGGAGUGUAGGAGGAGGGCGGAGGCGUUGGCGGGGGACAAGAGGGCGGUGAGGAAAGGGCUUGUGACGUUCUCGGGAGGGCGCUUUCCCAAGCCGACUCGGUUCUUUCUGUAUGACCCCCCCAGGCUGUGGGGGCGGCCGUGGCAGCACAUGCAGAGGACAGUGGAGGUGAAUGGGCACCUGAUAGACCACACCAACGUGGACGGCAGGCGCUGGUGGUUCGCCCAGGCCACUCGCUACCUCAUGCGCUACCGCAGCCCUCUCCUGCUGUGGGGCCGGCCGUGGCAGCACAUGCAGAGGACAGUGGAGGUGAAUGGGCACCUGAUAGGCCGCACCAACGUGGACGGCAGGCGCUGGUGGUUUGCCCAGGCCACUCGCUACCUCAUGCGCUACCGCAGCCCACUCCUGUGCCACCUCGCCAACAAGGCUCGCCACGAGGCGUUUGGCAGGGAAGCGGCAGAACAGGCGGUUACUGCUCUUGCGGAUGGGUGGCCAGAGGUGCAUCUGACCUCCAAGAAAUUGACCAAGCAUCUGAAGCGGUACCAAGGGCUAGAGCCUGUAUGGGCAGCAGUCAGAGAGGCAGCCGUGGGGAGGAGAUACGUGGCAGUGCACGUGAGACAGGGAGACAAGUCCACUGAAAUGCGCCUGCUGCCUUUGUCCGCCUAUCUGGAACUUGCUGAGAAGGCACGGAGAAACUUCCCGGAGGUUACCACCAUGUGGCUGAGCACGGAAAUGGAGGAUGUGGUGCAGGAAGCAACUCGCCUGCUCUCCCCUCGCUGGGCCGUCAAAUACACACGCUUUCCCCGGCAAGGCGCGGCUAAUAUAUCCAUGAAGUCAUAUGAAUCUGAUGUGGGCGUGGGACCGACAUCAGAUAACGCAUUUGUGAAUCUGGUUCUUGCAGCUGAGGCGGAUUUGUUUGUGGGAACGCUGGGGUCGACUUGGUCUGUGCUGAUCGAUAAUCUGAGGGUUACUGGGGGAAAGGAACGGGCUGGGUUUCUGAGUGUUAAUAAGGAUCGGUAUUGGUUCAGCAAAAGAGUGGUUGGGGAAGGGGGGAAGGUGGGAGGUGGUGGUGGGUUGUGA